CCCGCGGCGGCCCCACUCAGAGCUCCCUCUUCUCAGCACCCCCACCCCUCACCAACCCAUCCGCGGCUUUCCGAUUUUCCCGCCAUCACCAUCACCCUCACCUCUCCACUGCUACCGUGCGCCGCCAGCGCCGUUGCCGCCUGUGCCUUUCCCAAGUUUUACCUUCUCCCUCCUCGGGCUAUCGUUUCCUCAUCUCCCCCGACCUCGCCACCACCAACUCCCCUCACCAACUCCCCUCACUCGCGUGUUGCCAACAUGCGGACCCGGGGUUCCAGCGCCUUCGCCUGGGCUCUGCUCGCCGUCGUUCUGACCGCCUCAGAUUCCCAUGGAGUUGGAGCAGGUGCAUCGUCGUCGGUUCCUCCUGCCACGACGGCCGAUGCCUCGACUGCGUUUGUCCCCAACGUCACCGUUGCGCGCACCACAGGAAACGGCACGCUGGCGCCACCCACAGCAGCAAAUGUAACGCACAGUGCGAAGCCCUCUCCUGCGAACAGCACCGUGCCGCCCAGCACCGCCGGCCCACAGAAUGCCAGCACAGCCGCGUCCAGCGUGAUACCCACCAACGCCACCAAUGGCACGACGGCGAGCCCCGCGGCCUUCUCCACCGCCCCCGUCCACGCCUCAUCCACGGCCGCGGCCGCGGGCGGCGUGGUGCCGUCGGACGGGUCGGUGCGCUCGUUCGACGCCGUGAGCUUCGUGGGCGGCGUGGUGCUGGCCGUGGCGGUGCAGGCGCUGCUGUUCUUCGCCUUCAAGUACUUCCGCACGCGCAACCCGCGCUACCAGCACCUGUAAGUGGGGUCCGCGCCACCGCGAGGGGAGACACGGACGCCAUCAUCUGAGACGACGGACACUCAAGUCUGCGGAGACGCUCCUUGUCCUCCCCCGUGUCUCCUCCUCCUCCUCAACCCUCCCGUCACACGCCCUGCGGUGGCACCGCUGUGGUUAAUUGUGCCACACCCUCUCUACCAUCACGCCCUGCGGUAGCACCGCUGGAGUUAAUUGUGCCACACCCUACCGUCACACGCCCUGCGGUGGCACCGCUGCGGUUAAUUGUGCCACACCCUACCGUCACACGCCCUGCGGUGGCACCGCUGUGGUUAAUUGUGCCACACCCCCUCUACCAUCACGCCCUGCGGUGGCACCGCUGGAGUUAAUUGUGCCACACCCUACCGUCACACGCCCUGCGGUGGCACCGCUGGGAUUAAUUGUGCCACACCCCUCUACCAUCACGCCCUGCGGUGGCACCGCUGUGUUAAUUGUGCCACACCUCUCUACCGUCACACCCUGCGGUGGCACCGCUGGAGUUAAUUGUGCCACACCCUACCGUCACACGCCCUGCGGUGGCACCGCUGGGAUUAAUUGUGCCACACCCCCUCUACCAUCACGCCCUGCGGUGGCACCGCUGUGGUUAAUUGUGCCACACCCUCUCUACCGUCACACGCCCUGCGGUGGCACCGCUGGGAUUAAUUGUGCCACACCCCCUCUACCGUCACACAUUCUGCGGUGGCACCCCUGAAGUUAAUUGUGCCACCGCCACAAGCCCCUGCGGUAGCACCGCUGGGAUUAAUUGUGUUACCGUGGGGAAAACUGCUGUACUCGAAACCGUUCACAAAUCAUUGGGCUCUCUUUUACUUUAGAUUUUUUUGUUUCCUCCAUCGAGAUUCACGUUGGUCUUUUACUAAGCAAUGAAAUCAUUUUGAUGUAGCCGCAUUAAAAAAAAAAAAUCGGUGCCACCGGCACCUUGAAAUUUGCUUUGGCUUCGCCUUAAGAAUUUGCCGCGCACUUCGAUUCGAUUGUCGUAAAUGAGGCGGUCGCUUUGGGUUCCGCUGCUUUAUUUCGUUAUUUUCUCCGAAGCAAUUUUGUUUUUGGGGGGAGAUGGGAUUAUGCGGGAUAUACUUUAUGCAAAAAAAAAUUAAUGGUGAGUGGAAAUCAUAAUCGUAUCGUUACCAGAGAUUGUUGUUUCCUUCCAAAGACUUAAAUAAAAAAAAAUAAUGUAUUUAAACAA